AUGAAGCAGUGGGAACUCUUGUGCACUGCUGCAUGUGCAAAAAAGUAUAUGUUGACAAAAAACUUCGGAAAACAAUUUGACAGCAUUUACUCAUACUGCACACCCUCAGAUCCAUUAAUUCUGCUCCAGAGUACAAGUGAUAUACACUUGUUCACAGAUGUUCUUAGAAACCUAAUUCCCAGUAGCCACAAACUAGACAUUGUCCACAUGCUGAUCAACAGCAGAAGGAAAAUGGACUGUGAUGCAAUAGAAUAUCCCCUAGCAAUGAUAGCAGUUGAACAUCAACAACCCAGGUGCAACACAAACUUAAGCCUGACCCCAAAGAAUAUUUAUGAUUCCCUUUACACAAAGUUCAGACAUAGUUACAAUCAAAUCAUAGUGUUUAAAAUCAGCUUCUGA